GAGUGGUGGUUGCCAUGUCAGAUCCUGAGAUGGACCAUCUCCUGAAGGAGAUGAGUGACCUUGUCGAUCAGGCUGAACAUCAAGCUCACCUCCAGCAGCUUAUUAGCAUGGACCAGGAAGCAGAACCAUCCACCAGUAAUCCAUCCACCAGCCGGACAUCAAACAGCAAGCAAGAUGUUAGAUGGAUUAAGAGGGACAGUGAUGGAAACAUUAUUUACGGCAGGCCCAAAUCAUCCCGCAUCCCACAACCAGGUUCCAGUCACAGCCAGAGUCGAAAGACUGGUGUCUCUCAUAGCAGGGCUCCGGAAACGAGUGAGGAAAUGACCAGUGACCUUCCUCCCAUUACUGCAUCAGAGUCCUUCCUUCAAGAGCUUCAAAGCUCACUGUUUGAGGACAUACAUGAGGAUGAAACGGCUCUUCAAGCCUCAACAGACUGGUUGACCCGAAAGAGCCUCAUAUCAGGAUGGUGGGAGAAAGAGAGACCCCGACUGGUCAACAUCAUUGUGGCUGGACAACAUGCGGCAACUCGGAUCUGCCAACAUUGUGGAAAUGGCCCAGCCGUUAUCCGUUGUUGUGAUUGUCGACCACACCCAUUCCUCUGUGGCCAGUGUGAUGUCAGGGUCCACCGAGAACAAGUGUUCCACAACAGGGAUUCGAUGACACACGCAUUUUUUUACCCAUUGCCUACCACAACCUGUGUUGUGGAGAGGGUUCUAACCCAGUGUGGUAAGUGGCAGUCACAUUUUUACACUUGA